UUUUAAUUCAGCAAUGUAGUAGCCCUGUUGAAAGCAGUGCUGGUCACAUUGUUUGCUGGUCCAAUUGCACACGUGCAGCGCCAAAACAAGACAUUUUCGGGUGUUUCAAUUGGAAUUGAAUAUUAUGGCCAUGGAUCCGCCCAAGGAUGAGAUUGAUAUGGAGGUUGUAGAACCAGAGGAUGCGGAAAGCGAUAUGGAGCCGGGUAGUGACAACGAAGAGAAUGAGGAUGGCACAACAAAAGCUCCUAAACAAGUUUAUCUGCCGGGCAAAACGUUGGCCGAGGAUGAGGAGCUCGUUUGCGAUGAAAGCGCCUAUGUGAUGCUGCAUCAGGCAUCGACUGGCGCGCCCUGUCUCAGUUUCGACAUAGUGCCCGAUGAGCUAGGCGCAUCCAGAGAGAGCUUCCCAAUGACUGCCUAUAUAGUAGCCGGCACCCAGGCAGCGCGCACUCACGUUAACAAUUUGAUUGUGAUGAAGAUGAGCAAUUUGCACAAAACACAGGAAGAUGAUGAAGAUGAGAACGAGGACGAAGAGCUGGAGGACGAUCAAGAUGAUGUGGCAGACAAGAGUGAACUGAAGCAGCCACAAAUGACCUGCGCUCUGAUCAAGCAUCAAGGCUGUGUGAAUCGAGUGCGCGCUCGUCGCAUGGGCAAUAAUGUGUUUGCUGCCUCAUGGAGCGAAUUGGGACGCGUGAACAUUUGGAAUUUAUCGCAGCAGCUACAGGCCGUUGAAGAUGCCCAGCUGCUCAAGCAAUAUGAACAGCAAAACGCCAACAAUGACGCCAAACCCGUUUAUACGUUUAGCGGGCAUCAGCAGGAGGGAUUUGCCAUUGAUUGGAGCCCCAGUGCUGAGGGAGUGUUGGCUACAGGUGAUUGUCGACGUGAUAUACAUAUAUGGAGUCCACUGGAGGAUGGUACCUGGAAGGUAGAUCAACGCCCAUUGGUCGGACAUACGGCCUCUGUCGAGGAUCUACAAUGGAGCCCCAAUGAGCGCAGCGUUCUGGCCUCCUGCUCAGUGGACAAGACCAUACGAAUUUGGGAUUGCCGUGCGGCUCCGCAAAAGGCUUGCAUGCUUACCUGUGAGAAGGCGCACGAGAGCGACAUCAAUGUCAUCUCGUGGAACCAUACGGAACCCUUCAUAGCCAGCGGCGGGGACGAUGGCUUCUUGCACAUAUGGGACUUGCGUCAGUUCAAGACACAAAAACCAAUUGCCACAUUCAAACAUCAUACGGAUCACAUAACAACUGUUGAAUGGAAUCCCAGCGAGGCAACCGUGCUGGCCUCUGGCGGCGACGAUGAUCAGAUUGCGCUAUGGGAUCUGGCUGUGGAAAAGGAUGCUGAUCAGGCACCAGCGCCGGCAGAAAAUCAAGAGGAAAUCAACAAGCUGCCGCCGCAGCUGCUCUUCAUACAUCAAGGCCAAAAGGAGAUCAAGGAGCUGCACUGGCAUGCCCAGCUGCCGGGCGUGCUGCUCUCGACUGCGCACAGCGGCUUCAAUAUCUUUCGCACGAUCAGCGUGUGAAACACUAUAUAUAUUAUCUAUUACUACACGUAUAUAUAAAAGAAAAACUCAUUGUUGACGAAUUGUUGGU